GACUCGGCCCCGGGGCCGCCCGGGGUGCUCGCCUCAGGGGAGCUCCCCGUCUGGGAACGGGCAGCGGGCUUUCUGCUGGCCGCUUUGCAUGCCGGGCCGGGCGCCUCUCGCCCUCCGGAGAGGGGCGUGCCGAGACGCGCCCCUCCCCCCAGGCUCCUGACCCUCGCUCUCCUUUCUCCCCGCAGGCUUUCCCCCUCCCGGACGACUUCAGCCCCAGCAGCACGAGCUCCGCCGACCUCAGCGGCCUAGGGCCCGACCCCAAAGCCCCGGGGCUCUCCCGCUCCCUGGUCCUGUCGUCCGAUGAGAUCCUCGAUGACGGCCAGUCUCCCAAGCACAGCCAGGGCCCGGGCCGGGCAGUCCGGGAAUGGGGCGUGCCGCAGGUGGCCCAGUGGCUCCGGGGCCUGAGCCUGGAGCAGUACGUGGCCGAGUUCAGCGCCCAGAACGUCAGCGGGGAGCAGCUUCUGCAGCUGGACGGCACCAAACUCAAGGCCCUUGGGGUGACGUCAUCCCAGGACAGAGCCCUUAUCAAAAAGCAGCUCAAGGACAUGAAGGCAGCCCUGGAGAAGGCCCGCAGAGCCCAGGAGAAGAUGGAGAAGCAGCGAGAGAAGCUCCGCAAGAAGGAGCAGCAGCAGAGGAAGGCCAGGAAGGCGGCCGACCCCCCUUCCCCGGAGCCGCCAGAGGGCGCCAGUGAGCAGUAAGGCUGCCCGCCCCG